AUGAGGAAGAAGGUGAAGGAGAAGGUGAAGGAGAAAGUGACGAAGAAAGUGAAGGAGAAAGUGAGUCAGUUGAAGAGGGCGAGCGACGAUUUCGACGGUGACGAUCGCGGUGGUGACAGCAGGAGGGCCCUCCAAAAGAGGGGGCGAAAGGAGAAGCGCAAAGGGAAGGAGCUCUCCAAAGGGAAGAAGCCCUCCAAAGGGAAGAAGCCCGCCAAAGGGAAACUGAGCAAGAGGAAAAGGGAGCAGACGGAAGAGGAGGACCCCACUGAUGAGGAGGAGGAUGAUGAUGAUGAUGAUGAAGCGGAGGAAGCCACUGAUGAGGAGGAGGACGACGGGUUGGACUUCCUCCAAGCCGAGGACGUUAUCCUAGAGGAGGAAAAACAAAGGACGACGAAGGGGAUGAGCAAGAAGAGUGACCCCUCGGAGAACUUGAUACAAUUUUUGAGAAUGUAUAAUGACCAGGUGGGGGGAGUCCCGAAGAGGAGAAAAUAUAUUGGGAAGAACAACGAAGCAGACGGUUACAACGAAGAGGAGGGGGGUGGGUUCCCCCCGGAAGACGCGGAGGCAGUGUCGUACCAGUACCUCUCGCAGAGAGACGAUGUGUACAAAAUUGAAAAGCCAGCCGAACAAGUAGACCUUACCGACUUCAUCUACACGGAUGAUGUUUUGUCGAGAGAGCAAAUAGGUGAGGAUAUGAACAUGCUUACGAGGGGACAGCUUGAAAAGGGGAAGUCCAGCACUCAUAUGUCUAUCCUGGAGGAACAAAAAAUGAACGAGCACUUGGCGUACGUAAACAGUGUGGAGAUGAUCAAUAAAAUGAACAGAUCGUUUUACGUCAUCCAUAACGCGCAGGGGGUGCACUUCGGGCAGGGGGGGAAGAGCCGUCAGGUAGAGGUGAACUCGGAGGAGUUCCUAAACAAGGGCCUCCUCCGAAGGCGCGCCCCCGUGGGUGAAAAACGCGGCGAAGGAGGAGGCGAAGGAGGAGGCGAAGGAGGAGGUGAAGGAGGAGGUGAAGGACGCAGCGAAGGACGAAGCGAAGAACGAAGCGGAAAAGGCAGCGAGGGAACUGGCGGAGUGGGUGUCCCCUCCCACCCCACCGCUAACCGAGAAGACUCCCUUACGGCCUUCGAGUUCGAAGCAGAGAUGCAGAAAAAUCUGAGGAAGUCCAAAAUGCUUAUCGUAUCGGACGACGUGUUGAAAACGGAAAGGGAGAAAAAAAGAGACGAGCUAAAAAAAAUUGCGCAACUGAAAGCAUUGCUACUGAAGGAGGAAAAAAAAAAUAAAUAUAAAAAAAGGAUCAAAUCCAAAUCGUACCGUAGGCACAUGCGAAUGAAGGAGAAAAAGGAGGAGGAGAAAAUCUUAGCUAAGUUACACUCGGAGCAUCCUGACCUGGCGAAAAAUCUCGCAGACUAUGAGAAGGAGUACGCUCAGAAGAGGCACCUAAUAAACAACGUGAAGAAGGGGAAGACCGUGCGGCUACUCAAUCGGUACAAGAACGAGGAGCUGAAGAAGCAGAUGUUGAGAAGCUUUCAAGCGGAGAAGGAAGAAAAGAACCUGCUUAGGCGGAUCAUCGAGAGGGCCGUUGUGGAGGAAGAGGACGGGGGGGGAAGCGACAUUAGUGAGGGGGGAAGCGGCAUUAUUCAAGGGGGAAGCGGCAUCAGUCUGGGAGAUCAUAACUCAGAUGACGAAGUGAACUCCUCCUCCCUGACCAAAAAGAACAAAGUCAGGAAGAAAUUACAAAAAAGGAACCUCCAACGAUUCUCCUUUGUGAAAAACGCAGAGGAAAGAAAACGGGAGGAGGAGUUGUAUAAAGAGAGAAAGAAGCUGCUCGAUAAGUUGGAACGGAAGAGGGAUGAGAAGGAUCCCAUGGCGAGCUGCUCCUCCGAUGAGGGCAGCGAUGUUGAGAGGGCCCGCCUCGAUUUUGGCCUGUCAAAUGAGGUGCGCAGGUCGAGCGCGAAGGAGGCGUCCAAGGCGAGGGCGCAGCUGGCGAGGGACGCCGACUUGGUGAACGCGCUGCGGAAGGGCGGCAUUUUGGGCGCAGAGGAGGGGCAGCUAGGAGGGAACUCCGCAGAGGAGGGGCAACCAGGAGGGAACUCCGUGGAGGAAAAUCCACUCGGUGAAGCUCUGUUAGGGAAUCCGUCCGAGGUAGCCCCCCUGGAGAACCCCACUAGUGAAUCCCCCUUGGAGGAAACCGCAGAGGAGGAAGACCCUACCACCGUGAGGGACCUCCGCGACAUCAACAGGAUCGAUGUGAUUGACCGGAUCGAUGCGAUUGACAGGAUCGAUGCGAUUGACAGGAUCGAUGCCAUUGACUCGAUCGAUGCGAUUGACCGGAUCGAUGCCAUUGACUCGAUCGAUGCGAUCGACACCAUCGAUGCGAUUGACGACGGAUCGGUGAGGCAAAACUUGGGGGAGAGUCUCACAGUGUAUAAUUUCGAAAACGAAGUUUACGAAGACUAUGUGAAUAUGAAUCCGGAGAUAGUCGAUGGGAAUAUCCCUCGGGAGGAUGAUGAGUUGAUGCAGCUGAGUGAUGAUGAAAGAGUCACCACAGAGAAAGUGAGCGAAAGGGAAUGGUGUAACUACGAAACGUUACUCGAACUGGAGAAAAACAAAGCUAUGAAGGAGAAGGAGAUUAUUGAGAAAAAGAAAAAAAUACCAGUACAUACAAUUAGCGUUUUCAAUAAGAAGGACAGAAAAUUUGAAAAAUAUUUGGUUGACAAGGUUCCCUAUCCUUAUGAGAGGAUGGAUUAUGAGAAGACAUUGAAUAUAAACUUAAACAAGGAGGUGAAUGACAUUUCGGCACACGCCAAGCUGGUUGCUCCUCGGUUGUCCAACCGGGUCGGUAACAUCGUUUCACCGCUGGUGAGAAACCCCUUCGAGAUUGCACGCAUCUUUACGGUGAAGCGGGGCAAGAACAGGAGCAAGCUCUGA